GAUAUAUCAAAUCUUGGGAUUGCAGCUGUUUAUAUUUCAUCUCUGCAGUUCAAAUUACAAUUAAAAACACUAAACGCAUCGCACAACAAUCUUACUCAGAUUCCGAACUCACUUUUCGAUCAUAUGCCACUACUAACUGAAAUUGAUUUUUCAACGAAUCAAAUUCAAGUUGUGAAUUUUAAACGCCUUACUGAAUCCAAUAUCAUUUCGUCGGUAAACUUAUCAAAUAAUGAAAUUUGGCAUAUCGAUGAUGGAUCCUUUUCAAAUUUACUAAAACUUGAAACAUUGGAUCUGAGCCACAAUCGCCUUGGAUAUUUUAGUGAUGCUGUGUUGACAGGCAACAACAAAUUGAAAGAGUUGCAUUUGAACAAAAAUCCAUUGAAGAAUCAAAAUCUCACAUUCGCUUCAUCACUGAAGAUGUUGGAAAUAUUGGAUCUGAGCAACACUCGAAUUAAGGAGGUUAAUGAUGACUGUUUUGUAAACAAUCCAAAUAUGAAAGAGGUAAACUUGGAAGGUACUCCACUGAAAAGGUUCAAUUUCAAUACAUUUUCAUCAGAAGCGGGAUUAGUUGAAGUGCAUCUGCCAUCGGAAAGCAUUCAAGAGUUGGAUAUAAGUUGUGGGCAGUCAAUUUGCCACUUUAAACGGUUUGACGAUAAUGAUUACUUCAAGAACAUUCGCUUCUUCAUUGUUUCGGGAAAUCGAAAGCAGAAUAUAUCGAACUUAUUGAAAAAAAUGGGAUCGGAUCUUGAAAAACUGGAUCUAUCGCGGACAUCUAUUGCAACAUUGAACGUCAGCAUGCUGGAAACAUUUCCCAACUUACGACAUCUUGAUUUGAGUAAUUCGAACAUAUCCAAAAUUGAAGAUGAUGCAUUUGCCAAACAGUCGCAGCUGAUAUCAGUUGAUCUUUCCAAGAAUUUGUUGGCAGAAAUCGACUCCGUGAAGAUGAAUCUUGCUUCUCUACAAAUACUGAAUUUAGUCGGCAACAAACUAACCAAACUUGGUAUGGUCAAUUCAAACAAUUUACCAAACCUCAAGUUACUUAAAAUUGCAGAGAAUCCUUUUGAUCCCACAUAUUUGUACAACACUUUGAACGCAUGGGUAAAGAAUGGUCUAUGGAUUGAUGUAGAACUUAUUCAGCCUACUACAACUCAAAAAACAACAACGACCCGUAAAACUACAAAACAAUCUAAUUCUAAACCCACAAUUCCAACCAAAACCUCAAUAAUUGGAACAACAACUGACUCAACUUCGGCUUCAACUUCGUUGGCAACGACUGAAAGUGAUGAUUCUUCAGGCAAAAGUACGAAUUUAUCAUCAAUUCAACCAACGCAGGUCAAUUCAACCAUCAUCAUUGGUGGCGUGUUUAUCAUCAUCGUAAUUGUUUCAAUAGUUAUUUGGUAUAUUUGUCGAAGAGUGUCCGCAAAAGUGGUAGGCACAAGUGUAACUAUAGCCGUAGAUACCGGCGGUGGCACAGUUUCAGCAAACGAAAUUCGAUUUGUUGAGCCUACUUACGAAGAAAUCAAAGAACCCAUGCAACCCAUGCAAACUUUCCCUUCAGCAUAUGCCAUCGGCAAUAUUCAUGAAACGCCACAUUAUGAAAAUGCACCAACGCAUACAACAACCUUGGAUCGUUAUCGAUUUAAUGCUGCAUUGCCAUCGAAUGAAUAUUCAACCGUUUAUCAUCAUUAUACUAUGGUUUCUAAACCGAAACCAAAACGUUUUUCACAGCGGACUGCGAACUAGUACAAUUCUUGUUGAUGAUGAUGCUGCUUCUUCUUUUCCACAUAUUGAGUGUCGUCAAUAUUGAAAAGAUUUUUCUAUGUAUUAGUUGAUUGGAUGAGUGGAAAAAACUAUCGUUGCGAAUGGAAAAAAAUUGCACACUUACGGUUAUAAUUCUUUUCAAUUCGCUUUCCCGGUCUUCGCAUUUAUUGAGUGAUGUGCACUGAUGACAUUAAACACACGCAAUCAUCAAUAUUUUGUCAAUAUGGAUGCGUCCAUAGCAUGGAAAAGAAGAAGCAAUACCAUUUCAGUGAAUGCAUAUGGUUGAUUUUUCAUAAUUUUUCAACGAUAUCGCUUUUAAAACACCAACAUAAAUUUUUAGUAAGAAAUACGAUUUUUUUUUUCAAUAUUUGUUCGUGUUCGUUCACUUUAUAAGAAAAUAAAACUGUGUAAUCGAAUCAUUGUUCUAUUUUUAUUGUACAUGAAAAUAAAACCGUGCAUGAUUAAUCAACUCAAAA